CCUAAACGUCAACCCGGAAGUAACCAACCAACCAAACAACAUGAAUGAAUCGUAUGAGACGUCGCUCUAUCGUAACGUGUUUGUGUGAGACGAUUUACUGAUGAGUUUUAAAGAUGUCAACCGACUUAUCGUUAUAUUUAGAGAGUCAUCAACAAUAUCCCGCGAUGGAUGAGGAGACAGAAACCAUGUCUAUCGACCACGGAGGAGAGUGGGACAUCAGCCUGUUCGAUGAGCUGAACGACCUGGGAGAUGCGGAUGAGCUGUUUCAGGCCCUGCUGUAUGCCGGCUGUGCCAGUGAGGGUCCAGACCUGGACUUUGAUAUCAACAUACCACCGUGGAGUGGAUUGGACACGAGCAGCACCUGCACAGAUGGUGAGGUGAGCGUGGACUCUCUGUCACCUGCCCACACUCUGAGCUCCGUCCCUUCUCCUUCCCCUGUGGAAGCCCUGUCCCCAUACUACUUACAAGACGAGGCCCUGUCUCCACAGUCUCAGCCCUCUCCUGUUUCAGUCUGCUCAGAGUCCAGUGGCGUUUCGGUAAUCUCUCCCCCAGCUAAGAAUGCUCCAAAGAGGACCAACCAGAACGCCCGAGCCAGACAAGCUCAGCCAAUCAAGAGGCCGAUUCAGAUUGGCCCGAAGGUUUCCAUCCAACCGAAACCUCUGAUGACAGCUGUGCCCCUGGCUCAUGCAGCAGCUCCCCUGCAGGCCAAGACAAUCAUCAUCCAGCCCCUGCAGACCGCUGUGCUGCCUGUGGUCAAACAAGCUCCAAUCAACAUCCAACCAGCGCCCCCUCCAGGACGUCCCAUAGUGCUGUCUCAGCCCAGCCAGGUGCUACACAUCCAGGCACCACAGGCUGUCACCGCCAAUGUGGUCACCAUGCCAACGCUCAGCCAGGACAGGCACAUCCCAGUCCCUGCUUCUCCAGCGUUCUCCGUCACGCUGCUAUCCCCGUCCUCGGAUGAUGAUUCGAAGUUGUCCCAAAGGCAGCAGCGCAUGAUUAAGAACCGCGAGUCGGCAUCCCUGUCCAGGAAAAAGAAGAAAGACUACCUGCUCUCGCUGGAGGCCCGUCUGAAUGUGGCGCUGUCUGAGAACGAGUUGCUCAAGAGUGAGAAUGGCAACCUCAAGAGGCAGCUGGAGGGCCUGCUGAGUGAGAACACAGGGCUAAAGGUUAGCGCCCCGAAGAGGAGAGCUGUGUGUCUCAUGGUGGUAGUGAUGUUCGUCAUGCUCAACGUUGGACCAAUGAGUCUGUUUCAGGGCGGCCCCGGCUCCAAGCUCGGAGUCAUCUCCACGCAGCCCAGCGGCAGACACCUGUUGGGUUUCUCCUCCGAGGCAGAAACUGAGGUUGUGAUGGGCCCCGAUCCCCUCCGCAGUGGCCCCUCUGAGAUGGCCGACAGCUCUGAGGAUAAGGCCCUGAUGGUGGUGAAGGAUCCGAUCUUCCUCAGACCACCUCCCCCCUGCCAGCCUCCCGUAAACAGGACAAAGUGCUUAGAGUUGGCCCAUGAGUUGAGGGGUUGGGUCCACCGCCAUGAAGUGCACCAGACCAAAUCCAGGCGCAUGAGUAACAGCAAUCACAAACCCACCAGGACCAUUCUGAAAACCGAGAAUAAGGAGAGUGCCCAGAUUUUGACGGUCCAAUACACAGAAACUACUGAGGAAAAGAAUCCUGGCAAUGAGCUGCAGGUUUACUAUGCACCUCAUCACACCUACAGUGACUUCUUUGAUGAGAUCAAUCGUCGUGGCGACACUUUCUAUGUCGUGUCUUUCCGCAGGGAUCAUCUUCUACUUCCUGCCACCAGCCACAACAAAGGAAGUCGACCCAAGAUGUCUGUGGUGUUGCCAGCCAUGAACAUAAACGACAGCAUAAUAAGAGACAAGGACAACGAGGUGAUGAUGCAGAUCGACUGUGAAGUGACGAACACCAGGAUCCUCCACAUCAGGUCUUCCACCAUCCCACCUCUGCUCCGGGUCAACCGCACACAGGCGUUUUACCAGCACUCCCCGACUGACAGCCAGGCCCCGCCUCCUGUCGGUGUGCUAAUGGGGUCGGCUUAAGAUCCCCUCAACGACACUUGUUAUUAUUUAUAACUCCUCAACAAAAUCCGUGAAGAGAAACAUCAGAUAAGACCUCAGUUGACUUGAUUUAGAUUCUAGGUAAUACAAAGGUAGCUCACAUUGUCAGCACUAGUCAGCUGCAUUCUUUAUUAGCGCUGAUAUCCGGAGGUAAGUCUGUAAUGGGGUCCAAGCAGACGCUUGCUCCUUGUGUGGCAACACUGACUUCUCCCUGUAACCCCAAAUGCCCCACAUAAGGGUAAUUGCUUAACGGCAGGGGGCUGAGCAUUGAACCCUGAGUCACCCCGUCAUAACAAAAAUACUUUCGCCCCAUAGCAGCUCUCUUCAAGUCUGCCCUUUUCUUUUUGGGUCCUUAAUUUCGGGAUCAAGCUGCAAAGCCGGAGGAGAAAAAAAGAAAAAGAAUUAUACACAGAAGAUUGAUCUCACUAGGAAGGCAUUUGUCUUCUUAUUGUGGCUCCAAAAUGGAGUGCUGUAAUGGUAUCUCAUUUGUAGUCUGUUGGCCUCUCUAAAUAAAAAAUAAUUGCGAAAACGGUGAAACAGUAGGAGAUGCCAGAUUAAUUAGACGCAGCAAUUAGAGGCAUUCAGUAAGCUCAGGAAGUCAGGUGAUCUGUGAAAGCUAGCAGGCUAACCACUAUGUUGAUGGCUGGUUUCCAUUCAUUCAAGGAUUCAGGUGCUCUGUUUUUUUUUCCAGUUUUGGGGUCUUUGCACUGUGCUUGUCUUCAGAUUCAGAUACUAUACAUAUUUAUUUCUAUUAUCAUGUAACAGUAAAGCCAACUCCUGCAAUGUGAUGCAAUUCACCCUUUUCGGUCAAAAUGUAUUUAGUCAAGAUUUAUUGACUUAAAAUUUUCUGAUUAUGCUUUGUGGGAACUUUUUAUUCUAGUCGACUACAGAAAACAAAAUGACUAUUGUAUAUAAAAUGACAAAUAGUGGAUUGGAAGGAAAUGUACUGUGAAAUGGGGUAUUUUUUCACAGGCUGGACAAAAAGGAUCUGCAUCAAAUUUUAAACCCAAUGGCUUUACAGUUGAGCUAAAAAUGGCAAUGUUUGACAUAUAACCACUAGUGAAAAACAUAGUUUGAGUCCUGACUUCUCCGUCCAUGGGCUAAAUUGCACUUUUAUUUGGUGCACUUGAGCCUAUAUUUAAAUUGCAACCUACCAGAAACUGUUGCAUUAUCUGAGUUUAAGUUUUGUUGUAAAGAUUUGCACUUUUAAUGCAGAACCUGGGAAGAUCAACUCUGGCUUUACCUGCCUCUUAUUAUUGUUUUUGCUAAAUUGAUAUUAUAUAAGAAAUUAUACAUGAUCAGAAUUUGUACUUUUUUGUAUAUAGUAUGUUGAUAAAGCAACAUACUCUACUUGUACCUGGAAGUGUAUUUUGUGGUUUGUUUAAUAAUUUUUCCCUUUUUGGUUUCAAAAACAUAUUUUGUUCACUGAAUUGUUUUUACUGCAUUCAAACAGUACUAUGUGACAAAACAAAAGUACAAUUAAAAAUGUGUGUUUUUUUUCACGUAUUCUAUUAUGUGUAUAAACCAAAAUAAACACUGGA